AGCAGAUAGCGCCUCACUCGCUAGGCGUUCGCCGCCCACGACGUAGCUUCCACGGUCGACACAUCGCCUCAGCACGAUGUCGCGGGCCCGCCUGCCCUGGCUGUGGCUGUGGCUGCCUCUGGCGCUGGCGCCCCUCCUGAGUCCCGCGGCCGUGCACGCGUCCGGCGCCCGCAUCCUGGCGGCGGUGCCCCUGCGCUCCGCCAGCCACUUCCGCGUGCUGCAGCCGCUGCUGCGCGCGCUCGCCGACCGCGGCCACCACCUCACCGUCAUCUCGCACUUCCCCCAGCAGCCGCCGCCGCCCAACUACACAGACAUCAGCCUCAACAGCGCUGCCACGCAGGGCGGCGCCCCCUCGCCUUACCUGCCGAUGAAGGAGGGCAGCUUGGUGCGGGCGAUGUGGCAGUGGGCUCAGCUGUGCGCCAAGGCGGGCGCCUUCUGCCGGGAAGCCUACGACGCCCCCGCCGUGCGCCGCCUGCUGGCCUCGGACGCGCGCUUCGACCUCGUGCUGGCCGAGGCGUUCGCCGGCGACUGCAUGGCCGGGCUCGCGCACCGCUUCCACGCCCCACUGGUCGGCGUCGUCUCCAGCGUCGCUCUGCCCUGGGUCCACGACCGGAUGGGGAACCCCGACCACCCGGCCUACAUGGAGAACUUCUUCCUGUCGAUGGUGGCGCCGCUGGGAUUCUGGGAGAGGACGGCCAACAGUGCAUUCUACCUGCUGAUGAGACUGGCCAACUGGUGGCUUUCGGAGCGAGUGAUCGACGAGGUGGAGCGGGCCGCGCUGGGCAGCGCCGCGCCCCCCACCAGCCGUCUGGUCUACAACACCAGCCUCAUGCUCCUCAACAGCCACUUCAGCCUCAACCAGCCCAUACCACUCGUGCCUGCUAUGAUCGAGGUUGGGGGCCUCCACAUACAACAGCCCAAGCCUCUGCCAAAGGAGCUGCAGGAGUUUUUCGACUCGAGCGAGCAGGGCGUGGUGUACUUCAGCAUGGGCACGCUGCUGCGCGUCGACGCCCUGCCCCAGGAGCAGCUGCGCGGAAUACUGCGGGCGUUCGCGUCGCUGCCGCAGAAGGUGCUCUGGAAGGCCGACCACACGCUGCUGCCGCCGCUGCCCCCCAACGUCCACACUUCCGACUGGGUGCCGCAAAACGACGUCCUCAACCACCCCAAGACCGUGGCGUUCAUCACACACGGCGGGAUGCUGGGCCUGCAGGAGGCGGUUACGGCAGGGGUGCCCAUGCUGGUGGUGCCCGUCCUAGGCGACCAGCUGCACAACGCCGCAUCCCUGAGCAGCCGCGGCGCCGCCCUGACUUUGACGGUGCGUCAGCUGACUGAGCACAAUGUGCGCGACGCCCUGGACAGGCUCGUCAACGACACCAGCUACAGGAAGCGCAUGAAGCAGCUGUCUCAGCUGUUCCGGGACCGCCCCCGGCCGCCGCUGGAGGAGGCGGUGUACUGGGUGGAGUACGUCAUCAGGCACCAGGGGGCACUGCACCUGAGGUCCGCCGCGCUGGACCUGGCCUGGUACCAGUACCUGCUGCUAGACGUCGCCGCUCUGAUUCUGGCGACAGUACUGCUCGCACUGGCGUCCGUCUACGCCGGUCUGCGCUGGAUACUCGGGCCUUUCUUAGCCGGCAACCGAGCGCAGCGGAAGAAAAUCAAGAGUAACUGAGCAACAGUCAGCAGUGCUAUUGCACGGCCCGAUAAAAUAUCGUGAGAGAUGUCAGGUGAAGCCGUACACUUUGAGUGGAAUGUUCCUUGCUGGUUAUACGUGUUGCCGUACAGUGCUGAAAUUAUGCUUUUUGCAUUGUUUUUAUGAGGGUUGGCCAGAAAGCAAUGCACCGCAUUCACUUCUUCAACAAUCCUUUAUUGAACAUACAGAGAAAUACACACAUGAAGGGCCGGCCGGAGUGGCCGAGCGGUUCUAGGCGCUACAGUCUGGGACCAAGCGACCGCUACGGUCGCAGGUUCGAAUCCUGCCUCGGGCAUGGAUGUGUGUGAUGUCCUUAGGUUAGAUAGGUUUAAGUAGUUCUAAGUUAUAGGGGACUGAUGACCUCAGUUGUUAAGUCCCAUAGUGCUCAGAGCCAACCAACACACAUGAAGGAAUGGUGUUUUUUCCAUACACCCUGUUUUUCCACGUAAUCUCCAUUCCAUUCUAUGACCUUCCUCCAGCUCGAGACAAGGACGUGUAUGCCCUGUCGGUACCAGUCAUUGUCCUGGUGGUGCAGCCAGUGCUUCACUAUGUGAAUCAUCUCCUCAUCGUGCUCAAAAUGUCUUCCAGGAAUGCCAUCCUUCAAUAGCCUAAACAAGUGAAAGUCCGAGGGGGCUAUGUCAGGCUGUAAGUAGGCUGUUUAUGUUUUUAUAUUGGUAACGCCACGUAGCGCUCUGUAUGAAAAUCUGUGGCUGUGCUGUGUGCAGUCUGUGGCUGGUUAGCAUUGUUGUAAUAUUCGCUAUUGUAGUGGGCAGUCGGAUGUUAACAGCGCGUAGCGUUGCGCACUUGGAGGUGAGCCGCCAGCAGUGGUGGAUGUGGGGAGAGAAAUGGCGGAGUUUUGAGAGCGGAUAAUCUGGACGUGUGUCCAUCAGAGACAGUAAAUUUGUAAGACGGGAUGUCAUGAACUGCUAUAUAUAUUAUGACUUUUGAACACUAUUAAGGUAAAUACAUUGUUUGUUCUCUAUCAAAAUCUUUCAUUUGCUAACUAUGCCUAUCAGUAGUUAGUACCUUCAGUAGUUAGAAUCUUUUAUUUACUGGCAGUAUUGGCGCUCGCUGUAUUGCAGUAGUUCGAGUAACGAAGAUUUUUGUGAGGUAAGUGAUUUGUGAAAGGUAUAGGUUAUUAUUAAUCAAGGCCAUUCUUUUGUAGGGAUUUUUGAAAGUCAGAUUGCGUUUCGCUAAAAAUAUUGUGUGUCAGUUUAGUGUUGAUCAGAAUAGGUAAAGAGCGAAAUGCGAAAUGUCUGAGUACGUUCAGUUCUGCUCAGCUGUUUGAAAAUCAAAUAAUGUAAGAGGUUUAUCAACACAGUAAUUCAUUAAUUUUUCUAAGGGGACGUUUCAAGGUGUGUCAGGUGUGACAGCCGUGGAUGGUCUCCCCGACCGCUACAAAUCGUGGAGGUUCGCCAAACGCCUUCUGAUGAACUCACGCGCCGUGCCCAGCGACUAACUGUACUUCUGUCGACAGCAGAUGUUCCAUAGACUUUGCACAAGCGUUUAUGAAAAUUCCUCGUAGUUUCUUACUCUGCAGUAAGAAAUUCAAUGAUGGCACGCUGCUUUUAACGUACAUCAUCUACAGCCACCAUCUGAAAGUGUCCUGCGGCUACGCUAUCUGUCGGAAAUGACGGAAACUUGACGCGCUCACUCAGAAGACUUCAGCUAAUGCACACGUAACGUUUCGCAGUCGUAACAUUUCACGACGGUUAAACGAAACUGGGUAGUCCAGAUCGUCAGAUACGAGUAUAUUAGGAAAAAUUUGUCUUUGCAGCAUCGUGCUUUAUAUGUUUCCCUCCCG